AUGACCGACGCGAAUAUCUCAAAAACUGACCUCGAAAAUGUCUGUCAAGCAUUAGGAAUUGCUACAGAUGGUGUAAAGGCAGACUUAAUCCAAAGAAUAAGAAGAUGUCUCAAGGGAAAGAACCAUGCAGAUAGCUGUAACACAGAGGGAAAUGGUAGAGAGGAAGAUGAAGAUACGAACACUGUAGUUCAUGACAAUUACUCUGAUACAUCUGAAAUAGGCGACCUGAACCAGCAAGCAAGAACUCUAAAGGAGUUAGCACAUCUGUCACGUAAAGGAAUAGAAUUAUCCGACGCAUCAACAAGCCAAUUAGAAAAAGAACAGUCAGUGACAUUUGAGAAUAACAGAGGGGAACCAAAGUUAAACAUAAUAAAUAAUAGAAAAUGCUCAUUGACAAAUGAUAAGGAAACCAAAUCUAAAGAUGGCAAAUUAUUAACAGAGUUUAAAAGGUUGAAAAACGCUAUGUUGACAAUUAAUGACAAGUUGAAUACUGUAACGGCACAAGUACAUGAUACUAAACAGAGAGUGAAAGAAUUGGAUCUAGCAAUGGAAUCACGAAGCACAACUGAGGUGGUCGAUCACAUCAAUAAUGCACGAGAACUUGCAGCCAGCCGUAUGUUUACAUUAAGAGUAGCAGAAGAAUAUGGCUGGAAUAUUGCAUCAGCUUUACCUGAUACACAAGAUGAUUGGAUGAAAGGAAAGAAUUCAUUGAUCGAAAAAGCCAAAAUCUUGUAG